GGCGAGGCGCUCGCGGCUGGCAGUGCCGCGGCGCGGGCACGAUUGUCUGAUUUGGAGUCGCGGGCGAUGCAGAUGCAGCUGCUAUCCGCGAUGACGGGCGGGAGCAGCAGUGAAGAACUAGAAGGAGCGACAAAUAAAGUGUUCAACAACAGGGCUAUCCUCGGCACGAUGAAAGGGCAGCAGGAAGACUUUGAGCGGCAGCCCGAGACGAAGAAUUCUACAGCAACCGAUGGCACGAUGGCAGGGCAAACGGACGACUUUCACCGUGAGCCGAUGACGAAAGUCUCAGCAAGUACAGUGUUGAUGGGUGUACUUAAGUAGGUUCAUCGUGUAGAAGUUGGGUUUAAGUAGUACUCAAUUCUUCACAAACGAUGAAAUACUUCUGCUUUUUUUGUUGUUCCGUAGAGUACCGUCGUGAAUAAUCUUAUACGCGAUGGUAUCGCGAUGCUUCAAUUGCGUAAGCGGCAACUGCAACAGUUAGCCGCAUAUCAUACCAUCGUGGACAAUAUUAUCCAGGAUGUUGUUGCUGUCAGAAAGGAGUGCGAUUUAAACAUCCGUCAUCGCAGCAUCGUGCAAAACGUUUUGCGCGAGGGUAUGCGUUGUGCUUUUAUAUACGGGCGCUGCUAUGCAUCAAGGGUCCAUCACACGAUACCACCCUGCAAAAUAUCUUUCAGCAGGUUAUGAUGCACGUUCCAGAAUGAUCGCAAUUGUCGUAUAAUCGUGCAGGACAUUCUCCACACCGCUCUUCUGGUUCUGGUGGUGAAGGUUAAGAUUAAGCUUCACGUGCAAUUUGUUUCUGGUAGAAUAACAACAACAAGUGAAAGAACGACCAAUCAAAUUAACCUCGCAGGUUCCGCCCAGCCACAACAAGCAACCAAUGCUGACCGUGUCAUCGUGCAGCCGCUCGGAGGUUCUUUCGAGCAGCAGCAACCUGCGAAUAUUAACGUGGAAGAUCCUCUCGACGUCUUUAACCGCGACUUGAUCCAACGCCCGAAAUCGAUGGCCGCCGAGGCCAUGCGGCGCUUCGGGCAGUUUGACUCGACGAGCACCGAGGGUGGUGGAAGCAGCGAUAGCAUUCGACAGUCCUCCGCCGUAGUCCAGGAAGUAUAUGCAUUGCAAAUAUGUCUGGGUCUCCUGGAAGAGUGUAACUUAUCAUGCUACAUCUGGAUCGUGAAAAAAUUCGUGUUGCAUGAUUACCAAAAGAGGUCCACUUUUGAACAUGUUUAGAGGCAGUUUCUCAUGCAGGAAAGGCAUGAUAGAGAUCUCACAGAACCUGUCAUGCUAGGCCGUGCAUGCCAGACCGCGGGGGUCAUGGAAAACCUGCAUGACAAACCUGGCACUCUUCCAGACCCAGACAUUUUUGCAAUCCAAAAAGUAGUGCACACGACGAUUGCGAUCAUCGAACCGGUGAUUAGGAAGGAACUCGAAAUAUGAAAUGCAAAAGCAUCGUACUAAGUCUAAGUAGUAAUCGCAUUACAAAUUCGCUCAGCAUUACAAAUGGAAUCUCUCAUGCUGAUCUGCCUUGAGAAAGAGAUUUGUCAUACAUAAUUGCGAUUACUACGAGUACAAUAGUUCUGCAAUGCAUACGAAAGACAGGAGAGCAAAUUGAGGAGGACGCUGCAGCGAACGCAGAACGAAGAGGACCUCCAACUUGGAGGAAAAACACCAGACAGUGGAUAUGAACAAAAGAAGUUUUCCUUCUUCUUACGCGCAAGUUCCCCGCCACCGAUCUCUCUCACUAGCGAGUUGAAGGCACAGAGGGAGAAAAACAAACUUCUGCGGUCAAAGACAACGCAGCAGUUUCUAGCGACGUAUCGAAACCCGAAUCCAGUGGUGGUCCCUUUUGCAGCUGCUUUUGGAGGUGAAAAUAAGAAUGGCGUGGGACGAGGAGGAGUUGACCAAGAUGAUACUCCUGGCACCAGCUCAACAUCGCAGCAGAGUAGGGCGGGCACCGACGUGGUUCUGAAUUACGCAAAGUCUUCUUCGUCUACCAUCGCAGGCAACAGGCUAACGAGUCCGAGAGGGGGCACAACGAGUCCGAGAGGCACGACGAGUCCGAGAGGCACAACAAGCCCCAGAGGCACCAGUUCAACUCCUCGAGGGACCACCACGCGAGGGGGUGCAGCUUCAGCCUCAGCUAGUGCAAGUGCUACAACGGUUACAGCCGCUGCGGAUAAUAACAACUCCGCCGACCGCAGUAUGCAGAGCUUUAUGGAAGAUAAACACGACCACACGAAGCUCCGCACCACGGCAAAAUCGCAGCUGAUGGCCGACGCGAUCAUCGACGCGUAUGCUGCAUUAGUUCCCACCGAACAGUUCCGUACAACUUUGGAGGAUAUGCAUUGCAAAAGUAUCGUACUCGUACUAAUUGCAUUUAUGCAUUACAAAUCUUUUUGUUAAGGCAAAUCCGCAUUACAAAUUUAAUUUGUAAUGCUAAGCCAAUUUGUAAUGCAAUUUAUACUAGUACGACUACGAUGCUUUUGCAUUGCAUAGAGGAUGUGCAAAAUAGAAACAUGACGGAAGAAGAAGGAGUAUCGUAAAGAAAAAUCCCCCCUCCUCAUAUUGAAAACGCAUCCGUCUGAAAAUUUGUGAUGCACAUUUGUGACCUCAAAUCUUGUCUGUCUUGCAAGAAGGCAAGUCCAGAGAGCCUCCUGCAUUUUGCAGGCGGUUUGCGAUGCUGUUGGGCUUAGAGCAUGCACGUUUGUCAUGCUAGGCGCCCACGUCAAAACCUCUCCACCGAGGCUUGACAUAUGCCUGCAGUCCUCUACUGCAAGACAGAUCUUCUGAUUUGUGUACGGAAAUCCAGCAUCAGAAACUUCGUUUCGAUAUGGGGAGGGGGGAUUUUUCCUCUUGAUAAGGAGUGAAGAUCUGGCAGGAAGAGGCGCAGAACGUGUUAGCCCGUCAGUCCGUCCGCGAGGUUUUUCUUACCGAAAGACCACUAUCAAAAUGAAAAAUCCCCCCUCCCCAUUAUCAAAAUGGAAGUCUGUAAUGCGGGAUUUGUAUACACAAAUCAUUUUGUCAUGCUAAGAGGGAAAAGAAAAAGAUGCGGACUGUAGUGCUGAAUGGCGUGGAACAGCCUUGCAGCUACAGCAUGACAGGAGGCAGCUGGAAGUGGGAAACAGCAUGACAAACUGCCUGCAAAAGAGGCCGCGACUGCGCCUCUUGGCCUUCUAGCAAUACAAGGCGACUUGCGUACUCAAAUACAACAUCACAAAUUUAGUUUUCGAUAUGGGGCAGGGGGAUUUUUGUUUUUCCUUUUGAUAACCAAAAAUCCAAGCCUAC